UACAGUCACUGUGCAGACGGCGCGCGCGCAUCCCGCACAACGUACGAUCCAAAAAUAAUCCUCACCCGGCCGACCGCGCACAUGCCCGAACGUGAAAACAUUCCAUUUUCGAAUUCAAAUUUUCGAAUUUCGAGUGAUUAGUGCUGUACGUUUAUCGAUAAGUGCGACACCGAUGCGGCGAUGUCGCCAACCGCCCUCGGCGGAGAUUUGCCUCAAUGGUGCGGCAAGACAGAGGGCUGCCCUCAGGCGUUGCUCGGCUGGCUAUAUCUGACUCAUGAUCAGAACGAUCAGUGGGUACCCGGUUCAGUAUGGGGCCCGCUUCCCACAGCGGCACCCGGGACGACCCAGCCGCCAGCAGACGACGCCAGCUCACUAGCAGAGCAGUUGGCGGCCCUGUCACUGCGGAGACCACCUCGGCCCCCGCCCCCGGCAUACAUGUGUCACUUAUGCUUCAAGAAAGGACAUUAUAUUGGAGACUGUCCACAGGCCCGUCCGAAAGGCGAAGGGUUAACCCCGUAUCAAGGCAAGAAACGGUGCUUUGGCGAGUACAAGUGCCCCAAAUGUAAACGCAAAUGGAUGAGCGGUAACUCCUGGGCCAACAAUGGGCAGGAGUGCAUCAAAUGCCGGAUCAACGUGUUCCCACAUAAACAGAGGCCUCUCGAGAAACCCGACGGGUUGGACGUCAGCGACCAAUCGAAGAUACAUCCACAGCACCUCUGCCAGAAGUGCAGGUCUUUGGGAUACUAUUGUCGACGCGAAUAUUAAAAAAAAAA